AUGUUAUUAAGUAAAUUGAUAAGUGUUGCAGCCCUCGUAGUGCUCGUAUUCGCGGGUGAUAGUGAUGUCCCUCAUGUGCGAUCCAAAAGGACUAUCGGCGUUGUUUUAAGGAACGUGGGCGAUUUGUUCGGUUUCGAUGUGUUCAAAAGGCCAAAUGUGGCUGGUGCUGUACCAGCAGCAGCGGGAACGCUAACAGAUAACUUGAGAAAGUCCUUCACGAUUAACAUUAACUGGGAUAAAAAUCGAACUCACGCAAGUGCUCCCGCACCGGCACCAGCUACUGCUCGGGCUCCUGCUGCUGCUCCGGCUCCUGCUGCCGCUCCGGCCGCACCAGCUCCCGCCCGUCCUGCUAGGCCCGUUCCAGCUGCAGGUGCGGCCCCGAACUCAACGGCUACUCCUCAGCCAGUUCCUGCAGCUGGACCGGCUCCUGCUGCCGCACCAGCUGCCGGUUCGCCUUCUAAUCCCGUUCCUGCUGCGCCCGGAAUUACAACAACAGUUCCACCUACUCCACGAAGACCUUCUGGACCUCCAACAAAAACUCAGCUAUACGUGGAGUACGUAGACAGUAAUGGUAAUGCCCGAGAGGAAAGAGAAGAAGAGGAAGAUGAAGAAGAUACUCCGAAACGUGUCCAAAUCGGCCUUCCAGACUACUCGAGUGUUGAUUAUAACGAGGUUAAAAGAGACUUAGCCAAUCAAGGAAACAACGAUAUCGACCAUUCCAAAGAAAAAUUCAAGCAGGAAUUCAAUAAUUUCUGGGAGGCUUCUCCAUGGACGAUAGAGCAUGGAUAUAGGUUUAUUGUACCUCAAGGGCCGGAUGCUUUAGUUGCAGGUAUACCACAGGGUGCGGCUGAUCUUCAAGAAAUUGAUGCGGGUAAAAAGAACAAUGUCAACGUCAGAAGCUUGAAAAUCGUGCACAACGUAAAGGUUUAUCAUAAACCUACCCAGAAAACGGAAAGUUAUAACGAUGUCGAUAGUCAGAACUAUAAUAUUGCACAAAAUCCCCAACAAGAAUUUCAUAUCGUAGAUGAAGAGGGCGUGCGGUAUAUCGUCAACCAAAAUGGUAAGAAACUUCCGCUACCACCUAGUUUAAAUGCUCUGAUAUUAGAGUACUUUAAAAAAAAGUUUCAGGCUGAUGCAGAAGCCCUGAAAGAAGCAGCCAGACGAGGACAACAAAAUGCAAACCAACCCAACACAGAGCUUAACCAUCCCAAAGUAGAGCUUGCUACGUCUGCUCCAAUAAUUUAUAAGACGGAACAAAUUCCAGUAGAAUUAAUUAGGGAUUACAUUGCAAAUUCACAAAAAGACAUUUCCAAACCAAACGUACCACCAGAAGUAAAUAAGGAACGUCACGUUCUCAAAGUAAAACAUUACCGUAACGAUGAAACUCCAUACAAUAAAGAAGCAGAACUACCAGAAACUGUUAGAGAACCUGAAUAUUUGAACAUUAAGGAAAAAGUCGAAGCCGGCCCACCUCGAAAUUACAAUUAUAAAAUAAGUCCUCAUGAAAAUUUGAAUUCCUAUGUAGCCAACGCUCGUCCUGGCCAGCUCGUCAAAAUAAAAAUCGUAGAACCUUCACGAGGAGCGGAUUUUGAUAUAAGAGAAAAGGAAAAGGUUGUAGAGAAGCACGAAAGAACACAGGGGCAACACUUUGAGAAGACGGAAACUCCCAAAGUCGACGACAUACCUGACUACAUUCCAACUUUCAAUUUUAAAGAAUUUGAAAAAGUAGGUUAUCCAAGCUUUGAUGACGUGAAGAAUCAGGAUUUUUUUCGGGGUUUUUCGGAGGACGAGAAGAAGAAUUUAGGAGACCACUAUCAUUUUUUUAGCUCGGACCAGGAUCCCCGGGGCAGAGACAAACAACGUCUAGAAACUAAAACUGAAACCAACAACGAGGACGUUAAAAAAGAAAUUACUGACAAAAAUGAUGAGAAAACUAAAACCCAAAAUAAAAAUACUAAAGAGGAAGUGAAUGAUAAAGACGACGUUGAGGAUGAUGACGAAGAAACUGAGGUUCCACAAAAGGUCCAAGAAGAAAAGGAAAAAGAGAAAAACGCUAAAGAAGAUGAAGAGGAUGAAAAACAUCAUUCACAAAAUAUUGCUGAAGAAGAGGAUGAUGAGGAUGAUGAGGAAGUGCGCCCUGCUGUCAAAAAAGAAGACGUCGUCGAAGAAGACGACGAUGAUGACGAUGAUGAAGAACAGAAUGGGCAACUUAUAAAAUCUCCACAAAAAGAAGAAGUAAACGAAGAAGAUGAUGAAGAGGAUGACGAAAAGGAAAAUUUAAAAGAGAACGAAGACGAUGAAGAUGAAGACGAAGAAGCUGAGGAUCGACCAAAAACUGUCGAAAAAGAAAAUAUAAAGGAAGAAGAUGAUGAUGAAGAUGAGGAGAUUGAAAACGAAGAUCAAUCUAAAGCGAUCGUAAAGGAGAAUGAAAAUGAAGAAGACGACGAUGAUGAUGAGGAAAUUGAAGACGAGGAUCGACCUAAAGCGAUCGUAAAAGAAAGUGCAAAUGAAGAAGAGGAUGAGGAAGUUGAAAGCAAAAAUCGACCAAAAGCCGCUGAAAAAGAAAAUAUUAAAGAGGAGGAUGAAGAAGAGGAGGAUGAAGUUGAAAAUGACGAUGAAGAAACUAAGCAAAGAGCAAAGAUUGUAUAUAACAACGUAAAGGAGAUAUUUGAUGUGGAAAAUUUUGAACCGGGGAGACUUAAAUCUGAACGUCAACAAGAAGCUAGCAAUCAACGUGACGAAGAGAAAGUGGCAAAGCCUUCUAGGGACCAGGAAAAGUUUAUUGCCGAAAUAGAGAGUUUAAUAAAUUCUAAUUUUAAAGACGCUAAAAAAGGUUUUAACGACGGUAUUAACGAAGAAACAAAAGAGUACCAAAGUGGCAGAAAGAAUGCGGUAACGGGUAGACUAAAGUCAAUCGAAAAAUCACACGAAAAUGAGUUUGAUAACCUCUUCUCUAGACUGGGCGAGGGAAUGGAAUAUGAGGAUUUUUACAAACAAUUCUACAGCGAAAGCAAAUUCCCACCCUCACAGCAAAAUUUGAUUGACUCAGAAACGAAAAGUGCUCGAUCAAAAGAAAAGCAUCAAUCUGAGUCAACUGUAGCGCAGCCAUUGUAUUCUGGGGCGCUACACACUCCAGCUGUUCAAGAAUUAUUUAAGUCUGACAAGCCAUUAACGGUGCCUUUUGACCACGAUUAUAGUGCUACUGAAACAAAAAGUCAAACCGCCAAACAUAGAUCAAAAAGAAACGCCCAAUCCUGGGACGAUGAAGAGGAUGAGACAAAUGAGUUCCAGGAGGAAAGUCAAUAUGUCCCAGAUAAAUACGAAAUAGAUAUGAGCUACGAAACUCCCGAGCCAAAAAUGCCAGAUUUUGCUAAACUGGAGGCCAAGAAUUAUAAAGAUGACGAUGCCUUACCUUCUAAAGCUCACGUAACAAAAAAAGAGGAUGGUCAGAAAACAACUUGGAUCAAUAUCGCAGUACCAGUUACAUACACUACUAACGUUAGGACGUAA